AUUUUAGGGUUGGAUGGAGCAGGAAAAACGACCAUUCUUUACAAAAUGCAGGUAGGAGAAGUCAUCACAACAGUACCGACUAUUGGAUUUAAUAUGGAAACUUUGUGUUAUAAAAAUAUCAAGUUUAAUGUUUGGGAUUUGGGAGGUCAAACGUCAAUUCGACCUUAUUGGCGAUGUUAUUAUACAUGUACGCAGGCGAUCAUAUAUGUGAUCGAUUCAACAGAUAUACAGCGAUUAUCAGCAACAACGAAAGAAUUGAACGCAAUUUUGAAUGAAAAAGAGUUAUCAAAUAUUGAUCUUUUAGUUUUUGCAAAUAAACAAGAUGCACCAAAUGCAUUAAAUGUAGAAGAAAUAUCGGAAACACUUAAUUUAGUUGAUAUGAAGGAAAGAAACUGGACCAUAAUACCCACAAGUGCCAUUACGGGAGAGGGAUUAAAUGAAGGUCUUGAUUGGCUUGUAAAUUCAAUCAAGAAUCAAAGCAAUGGAUCAUAACUAGAUGCCCAUUUUUCGUAUUUUGAAAUCAAUAACACGAAUAU